CCUGCGCACUUCUAAAAACGGAUGGGAAAGGCGGUGGGUACAAAAAUAAAUAUUGGAAAGUGUAAUUAUAGACUUGAAAUAAAACAUGGAAGCUAUACAUUGUAGGCAGAAACAGGUUGCUGUUUUAAAAGAUUUAUUUGGAAAGCCUCAUCAAAUGAGUGUACCAUCCUUGUUUAUUUAUGGCCAUACAUCAACAGGCAAGACUCUUGUUCUUAAUACUCUACUGAAAACCAUGAAGCUACCUCACGUUAUUGUGAACUGUGUGGAGUGUUACAAUGAACGUUUUUUAUAUGAAUAUAUCUUGAACUACAUUGCUGGCAACUUUGAUAUGAUGGCAGCAACAGCUGACCUUAUCAAAUGUGACAAUAUGAAUGAUUUUAUACGUCAUCUCAAGCAAAUUGUGACUGGACUAAAUUCUGAAACAUUGUAUAUUGUGUUUGACAAAGCAGAGUUUCUUCGAGACAUGGAACCAAAUAUUCUGCCAACAUUUCUGAAACUGCAAGAAUUGGCUGACUUGAAUGUAUGUGUGAUAAUGGUAUCUGAUAUUGUUUGGGAAAAGUACAGAUUUGGUACUGGAUUUUGUGAGCCAUUUGUGAUAAACUUUCCUGAUUAUAGUAAAGAGGAGCUUGUAGAGAUUUUAUGCCUUGAUUGUCCGGAAGAUUACCCUAUUGGUUUCUACAACAUGUAUGUCAAUCUUGUCCUCAGUAUCUUCCAUUAUGCCUGUACAAAUUUGAAAGAACUUAAACAUCUGGUGUUACUGAAUUUCAAACAUUAUACACAGCCAAUAAAGAAAGGAGAAGUUUCCAUUACUGAUACAAAGAAGUUAUGGAAAAAUAUAGAACCACAUUUAAAGAAAGCAAUGUCAACGUUAUACCUGAGAGAAGUUUCUAGUUGUCAAUGGGAAAACUACCAGUAUCAGUUAGAGACUUCAGAAAAUGCUUCAUUACAAGGUAUGUUAAACAUUGAUCCAGAAAUAAACAU